AUGUCGGACGAAGAUUCCAGUGACGACGAACUUUGCAAAAAGGACUUGGAAGAAAGGCUGGCAAACCAGCCGACGCCAGAUGUCGUGGAUUUCCUUCCCGCUUUCAAGGUCCCAAAUGACGAUGAUCAUGAGACUGAUGGGAGAAGCGGUUUGCCAAAAAUUAAGGAGGAGAUUUCCGAUCAAGAACUUACAGCGACACCGGAAGCCAUGCUUUCAGCGUGUGAAAAUGGAAUAGUGGAUCAUGUACUACAAAUAUUAGAAAAAGAACCCGCACUUCUUAACUGUAGAGAUGAAGAUGGCUAUUCGCCGCUUCACAGAGCUUGUUAUAAUGGACAUACAGACGUGGUGAAAGUUCUUUUACCAAGAGGAGCGGAUUUGCAAGCUAAAACCGAGGAUGGAUGGCAGCCUUUGCAUUGCGCUUGCAGAUGGGGUGAAUAGGCCUUGUUAGUUUAGUUUCACUUUUUACCCACUUCAGACCAAAGGACAAUCUUAAACACCAUUCUUGUGGUGAAUAGGGUUAACUUUGAAAUUAACAGAGACGCAUCAUGUUACAUUGUCUGAAAUGGGUAGAUAAACAGUAUACCUAUGGCAUUUUUUGGCUCAGCCGUGGCCAACUUAGUAGCAGUAGUAAGCCAUUUUUAGUUAACAUGUCAAUGCAAUUUACCCUCCAAUUAUCCCCAUAGCUACUAGCAGCAUACAGGAAAGUCACCAUGUCAUAACCCGCCAACCAACUGCUCCCCCCACCCCGACCACCCCCUCUGACCUGAAAGGGGCAGUUUGUAGGUGCAUAAAUAUUUGUGUAAGUGAAAGGUUCUUGUGACGGAGACUGGGACAUUGCAAAGACUGAAGAGGGGAGGGUGGAGUUCUGCCUGUCUGUGGGAUACACCACUCAAGUGAGAUGUGAGACCUCUCAGUACAUUUACACUAGUCUCUCUACCUCUACUUAACCCUUCUUAUAAGUUCUUUGUUGAAGCCACCAAGCUAUUAUGCUGUUUUCUUAUACAAGGAGCUUGGCACCCAACAAUUAUGAACAGGCAUCCCAGGAGGAGAAGGUACUGGUAACUUUUCUCUUAGUUGCCUCAUACUACAGGUACCAGGCUUAGAACUCAGGUAAAAAAAAAAAAACCCUGUGGCUUGAUUGCACCAAUUCCUCUUUCAGGGAGAGUGUAGUCAAUUUGGGAGCAGAGUGUAGGAGGGUACGUGGCCACCUUUUGGAACCAUUAGUGUUCUACAACUAAUUAAGAGAUAAUUUUGAAUCAGUCUCUGCUUCAACUCAUUAUUAAUUUAUUAAUCUUGACAGGCAAGACAGAUGUUGCAUCAUUGCUAUUACAGAAUGGUGCUGACAUUAAUGCACAGACCAAUGGAAAACAGACUGCGCUUCAUUUUGCUGCCAGUGGAGUUGGCGGAACCACAACUUUGCAGUUGCUGCUGUGCAACAGGUGGUUGGAUGCAAGUCUUCUUAACAUGCAGAAUGAAACAGCAUAUGAUAUUGCUAAACGGAGUGGAAAGCACCAUGAACUGUUUGAAAUAGUUGAAGAUUGUAUGAAUGUUAAAUAA